AUGGCAUAUAAAGCUGAAAAUGUUCAGAAUGGCUUCAAAGCUACUGGAUUAGUGCCAUAUAAUCCAGAUCAUGUUUAUGAAAAGCUUACAGUUCAACUUCGGACCCCGACACCCCCUCCUAGUCGAUCAAGUAAUUCACAAUCUUCUUGCCAGCAAACACCUCAAAAUCCACGUCAAUUCAACCGUCAGACGGCAACAAUAAAGAAGCGUAUUAAUGAUCGUACAAUAGGUCCAUUUGAGGUGGUCGAUCAAGCGAUAAACCGACUGUCCAAAGCAUACGAAAUGAGCAGGAAUGAGCUUCUGAUUAUACAGAAAGAGGUGCAUGAUUUACGAGCCGCAAAUGAGAAGGAAAAGAAAAAACGUAAAAGGUCUAGAGCUCAGAUAUCUCAUGAAGGAUCUCUUACAGCGCAGGAAGCUCAGGAGCUAAUAGGCAGUCGGAAUGAGGCAUCUCAACCUAUCCCGACUGCACCAGUCGAAUCCGAACCCCAAACCUCUCAACCACGCCUACGAGCGCCACCGAAGUGCAGUGGAGCGCGUUUUCCGGAGAAAGUGAUCGGGUGGGUGUCAUGA